AUGUCCUUCACCUCAAUGCUCACGCAAUAUCCCCCCCCCCCCCCCCCCGCCCCCCUCUUCACCGGAAAAGACAUCCCCUCGCAAAAAGGCAAAGUCUUCAUCGUCACCGGCGGCAACCAAGGCGUCGGAUUCGAGCUGAUCAAGAUGUUAUACCCCACCGACGCCACCAUAUACAUGGCCAGUCGCUCCUCCACACACGCCUUAUCCGCCAUCUCCGAAAUCACGGCGAGCGACCCCUCGCGGGCCGGAAAUCUCAAAUUCCUCCAUCUGGAUCCCAUGGAUUUGCACAGCGUUCGCGCGGCCGCGGAGGAAUUUAUCGCGCGCGAGGAAAAUCUCGAUAUCCUGUGGAACAACGCGGGCAUAGGAAGGUUACCCCCCGGCACGAAAACGCAACAGGGAAUCGAGGGACAUAUGGGGGUGAAUGUGGUGGGGACAUUUUAUUUCACGCGCUUGCUGGUGGGAUGUUUGAAGAAUGCGGUAAGCCGGAGUGAGGAGAAUAGUGUGAGGAUUGUGUGGAGGACGAGUUGGAUGGGAGAGGGGAGGAGUCCGGAGGGGGGAUUCCGCAUGCGCGAUUUGGAGAAUGGGGGAUGUGGGAAUGAGUAUGUGGAUUAUGCGGCUUCGAGGGCGGCGGGCGCAUAUAUCAUCCCCUGGGAACGCAUCCAGACGCGCAAUCCGCGCGCCGAUAUCUACGCUGCGUUGGACGCGGGAAAGGGCGCGGAAUUAUGGGAGUGGUGUGAGGAGGUGAUUGCGGCGGAGAUGGAUGGGUAA